AUGAGUCUGCGUUAUGGGGAAACAGUCGAAGCGGGCCCUCCAACUCGCCUCUGCGGCUGGUUUGAACGCCAUUUGACGUUUUGGGGCGUUCACCGCUGGCUCGAGCUUAACGGGUCCACUCUAACUUAUCGCCACCGUGAACAUGGCCCAGUAGUCUGGAUUUGCGACCUACGCGAGACGCAGUUCUUCGCGGGCAGUAAUCCUUGUGAACUUGUGCUAUGCCGAAAUGGGAUAGAGCCCUUGAGUCUCUUCGCCCCUACUUUGAAGGACCUCAAGAUUUGGUUUGCUCAGAUGAAGAAAGUAUCAGAUGGAGUGCAUGACUUUUACCAUUUUUCUGCGAAGGCUGGGCGCACCCGCUAUGGCGUUAUACACCUCGGCUGCGACAAGAAAGACCAGGAAGAUGUUGCUAUUUACACAGUAGAAAAAGGAUAUCUUCCGUUGCAAAAGGUUUUGAUAUUGGCAAAGCGUGAUCUGGCCAUCGUAGAGGCGACGCAAACCCAUGACUCUAUAGUCCGCGUAGUCGACCUCUUUGAAUCGAGCAUGCGAUUCUACAUUGUCACGGAACUCAUCAACGGAGGCACCCUUUCAAGCUUUUUGGCCCAACCGUUGCCAGAGGCCAUUGUCAUUGACAUGAUGGCGGACAUUCUUCAGGGACUGCAGCACUUGCAUUCGCGAGAAAUCGUCCACGGGAAUCUAGACCCUGAAAGCAUCGUUUGCUUGAGCCGGCGACUUCCAUGCCGAGUGAAGAUAGUUGCGUACGGAAACGCGGCGGCCAGGCGCGAUGUAAGACUCCUCGGGGGUGCAUCUUUAAAAAAUUGGCAGCAACUCGCUCCAGAAGUAGUGUGCUUUCAGAGGCGCACUACUGCGUCAGAUGUGUUCGCUGCUGGGAGUUUGAUGUAUCGCAUGCUGUCCGGGAUGAAUCCGUUCAAGGCAAACAACGAAGCGGCGUAUCUAGCCUGUGUAUCGAGGGGGAUUUCGGUUGAGGAUAACGUGUGGGAUGGGAUCAGCAAUGAGGCGAAGAGUCUAGUGCAUCGGAUGUUGGACGAUGAUGCGAGCGUUAGACCGAGCGCGAGUGAUUGCUUGAAUUCUGCCUGGUUUCGAGAUAGCAUUGGGGAUGCAGACCCCGCGGAAUCAAGGGAUGAGAUCUUGCGGAUGCAGUCAGAUCCGAAAACAGUCAUCAUGGAUUUCGAGCAAGGGAGGUCGUUUGGAGGGCAUGCUAUUAGUAGAAACAAGAAGGUAGAUACCUACAGCUUAUCGUAUGGGAAUUAG